UGAACUGGCCUUGCUCAGAGCUGAGGCGGAGCGGCUUCCGGGCACUAUGUAGCAGCUGGGAAACAUGGCGGAGGAGCUGCUGGAGGCGGUGGAGAAGUUGCAGUCAAGGCUCUCAGAGAACCAGGAGCCUCGGAAGCUGCUGAAGACUCUUAAGAGGCUUGGGGAACUGCCCAUGACUGUGGACAUCCUUGUGGAAACAGGUGUUGGGAAAACUGUAAACUCACUGCGCAAACACAGCGUUGCAGGGGAGGCCGCAAAGAACCUAGUGGCCAAGUGGAAGAAGCUGGUACCCCAGUCUGGAGAAAGCAGACCUAGUAAUCCAAGAGAGGGCCGCUCCCACUCACGGACAGACGAUACCAGAGGCUACAAACGUGCCAGAGAACCUUCACCAGAGGAGCCACCGCCUGUAGAAGAAGAAGAAGAAGAGGAGGAAGAAGAUGAAUAUCAGCAAACCUAUUCUGAGUCCCCUGAACAGCACUACAGCCCCCACGACAGCAGGGCACAGGAGUAUCAGUCAGAAGAGUAUGAGAGCCCAGCAGAAGAGCCACUGCCUAGUCCUCCCCGCAAAGAAAUCAGACACAGCAAGCUGCACAGAGAGCCAGCGAGAGAACACGGCUCUCACUCCUCCAGGGAUCAGGAGAGACGCAAACAGCCUGCUCACACUGCGAGUGCCAGUGAGACACGGAUACGCAAUGAUGAGAGGGAGCACAAAGGUGGCGCUACACACACAUCAUCCAGACACAGUCGUCACUCCGCCCCACAUGAAAGUAAGCGAGAAAAGAAAGGAGUCAGUGAAGGCAGACCACGAGAAAGAAAGGACAAGCCAGAGCCUGCGCGGGAUGAUGAAGACGAACCUUUUGAGGCUCCCACUAUGUCUUUUGAAUCCUUUCUUACAUAUGACGAACCUUCCCCGAGUAAGAAGAAGAAGAAACCUUCUCAAAAAUCUCAGCCUGUUACCCCUGCUCCUUCAGUGUCCAAGUCCAGCAAAUCUAACGGAACUCGCAGUAAACAGCCCGAGCCAGCUAUUCCGUCAGUGUCCACGCACACAGUGCCAGAGAAACGCAGGAAGGUAGUUGAUGUGGUGCCUACUCUCCCUGAUAUCCCUUUGCCAGCCAUCCAACCCAACUACAGACCACUACCCUCAAUAGAUGUCACCCCGCUGUCCCCACAGAGACGCAAAGUUCCCGUAUCAUGUGAAGAAGAGGAUGCUGGAUUUACAGGUCGGCGUUUCAACUCUAAAAUGGUGGUAUACUCUGGUGCGAAGACUUCAUAUCUUCCCAAGAUGAUGACCCUCUAUGAGCAGUGCAUUAGAGUCCUGCAGAACAAUAUUGACUCUAUUGAUGAAGUUGGUGGUGUACCUUUUGAGAUUUUGGAGCCAGUUCUGGAGAGAUGUACUCCAGAGCAACUAUACCGUAUUGAGCAAUGUAACCAGUAUUUCAUGGAGGAGACAGAUGAGCUGUGGAUGCGGCACUGUCAGCGGGACUUUAAGCGUGAAGCUCCUCAGGAGUAUGAGUCCUGGAGAGAGCUGUAUCUACGCCUGCACGAUGAACGAGAAGAGCGCCUGCGUAUGCUCACGCAGAACAUCAGCUCUGCUCAUGCCAAUAAGCCCAAAGGUCGACAGGUAAAAAUGGCAUAUGUAAAUUCGGUUGCUAAGCCUCCUCGCGAUGUUCGGAGGAGACAGGAGAAGUUUGGCACUAAAAGUGGUUCUACCAGCGCCAGUGUUAUUGCUGCGGCUCCAACUCCAGUCAAAAUCAGAUCAGUAAUGCCCCACAGCUCCCACAGUCAGUCAAGUGAAGGUGGCCAGUCUUCCUACAGCAGUCCUCCUGAAUCCUCUCGUUCUUCUGCUCCUAGCAGCAGUGCUGGCCAUAGUGCCAGAGACAAACCACAGGUCAAAAAAAUUGCCCCUAUGAUGGCUAAAACUAUCAAAGCUUUUAAGAACAGAUUUUCUCGACGGUAAAGGAAGAAGAGAGACUAGGUUUCUGUUCUGAGAGUAAAUGUGGACUGAGAAAGUGUAGAGUCAAUUCUCAUUUUAAUGUAAUGCCUCCUCUCCUCUAUGUUUUUAUGCUUUUAAUUGUGUCCAUGCAGAUCACUGGAACAACUGGAAAAACAUAUGCACACACACACUAAACAGUCUUGCCUUGGCAUGUAGGCUUCAACAGUCACACGCUGUACAGUACAUCACACUAUGGUGGGACAUUGGGUUUUCUUGGUUAUUUUGGCCUGUGUAUUUAAUUAAUGUCACAAGCAGAGAAUCCUGCAACUUUUCUCUUCAUAAGGAAAGAGUACCCACAGUAGUGAGAGUGUAAGCAUUUGUUGUUUCUCAGCUUUAUUUAAUUCACAGUCAAGGAAACAUGUAAGGCAGCGAAUGAUGUAAUCACACAUGAGGGAGGAGAGAGAGGAGGAAUCAGUCAGUGGUCGGGACCCUACAACUCCACUCGAUUGUAUUUAUUUUCGGUCUGUGGACCUGGUUUCCCUGAACUUGGCCCUAAAUGGAAGAGGAUCAAAAAUAGUAAUUUUAAUAGAUUUUAAUAAAUGUUAUAUGGACAUUUUUAAUAAAAUCGACAUUUUGCCCUCA